UGGCGACCGGCUCGCAGCGUGACUGACGUUACGAAAAACGGUCCUAGUUGCUUCACAGGCAAUCAAAAAAAAAUGGCUUCCAGCAGCCUAAGGGGACAUUGGAACAGACAAUCAAGAACUUGAUCAAACAGGUUCCACAGUUACCAGAAGGAUCCUUUCCUUUUGGAUGACUGUUAAACUUGAGUUUUAGUGGCUUGUGGUAUGGCCAAAGCAACUUCCAUUCCAUCUUCCAGUUUUGGCUUUGAAUACUGGUUGAAUAAGGCUGUUGAGUGGGGACAGGCCACUACUUCUGAAUCCCAGCAAGAUGUCUGCCUGCACCUGCCUAAAUUACAGGAGUUCCUGAAGCAGAUUUAUGGAGCCAUACAGCAUAUGAACACUACUGAAGCAUUAAAAUUCUUUCCAAUGAUCGGUCAGUUUCUGGGCAGACUUUGUUGGAACCCAUUUGUUUUGGCACAUGAUGAGAGCCAGCAGAACCUGUUGGAGUGCUUGUGGUGUCUAUACAGUGCAGAACCUGAGAAUCCUGUGGAACAAAAGGCUAAUGACUGGAUUUGGAGCUCGCUGCAGAGUAUGAUCAGCGUAAAUCAAGAAGUUAGAAGUUUUCUACAGAGCUUCCAUUACCCAGAGGAGGAUUACCACCUUAAAUUAUUGAAAAAUGUGGUCUCUUCUCUAGUGAAGCAACUUCAAGACUAUCAGAGUGACAGAAGUUCCACGUUAAGGUUACCACCAGAACGAUGGAGGAAUUUUUCUAUUCUCUGUUUACCUGUUCUCACUUUACCUGAGGUUGUUCCAUUGGUGGAAGCUCUUCUGACUUGUGACGAUGGUUUGGAUGAAACUCUCAGCACAGAGUUCCUAGAAUCUGUCAGCAAUAGCCUUCUACAGAAAAAGAUCUUCCUGUCAGAGUCUGCAGUUAUGAACUUAUGGCUGCGUUACCUCCCUAGUCUGGAACAGGCUAUUCUGCAUCUUACCGAAUCUUUGAUAUCUCAUCCAUGUGGUUCUUUAGUGGAAGUUGAAGCUAUUAUAACAGACUCGUUACUGCCUAAAGCAUCAGCCUAUCAUCCUUCGUUAUUUAGGGUUAUUGAUAAUUUUUUCAGGACCAUUCUACUGGAGACUGAUGGGCAUCCAAAAAUUAUAACCAUUAUACAAGCAUUUACUCGAUGUUUUGUGCAAGUUCUGCUGCAGGUGCAGACUCAGAUGCCGCUGAAACUCUACUUUCCACAUAAUCAGCAGUCCCUUGUGGUGGCACUAUUGACAAGUCCAUCAGAUAUCCCAUCAGCAGCCUGGUGCCAGCACCUGACCACUAUUGUUCCAAUGCUGAAGAGGAUUGUACAGGAUGUAAAAGUCAAAGGAACCACUACUAAUCUCUUUGAAAACUGGUUUUUGCUGGUUCACUUUGGAGACUGGUUGAAUGUUGCCUUACAGCAGUUGAUGACAGCAGAUGAGCUUUCCGAGGUUCUCCUUUGGCUUUUGAUGUUCUACAAUAAGCCACUUAUGGAAGACCAACAAGAGAAACAAUUACUGGAGCAGGUGAAAUUUGUGUACAAUCAACUGAAAGUUCUCAGCAACACAGCACCCUUGAAUGCGGAAGAUUUGCAAACUGCUUUAGUCACCAACGUUGUCCCCAUAAAAGAGGGUCACCAGAAAGAUCUGAUCAAUCAGCUUCUUGUGAGCUUUUUAUUGUUUACAGAAGGUGGAAAGGGAAUAGCAAAGGAGUCUGUCCAACUUUUCACCUUAGGUGGAGACUGCUUGGAUGGAGUUUCUCAACUGCUGGUUAGCACGGCCCAUAGAUUACAGAACACUAAAUACAGAGGAUCAGAAGAUAGAAUGGUGCAGAUCACUGUUGAACUCCUGCAACAUCAGCUUCUGAAAGCUAAAGUAACAGUGCAAUGAAAUUAUAUCCUGUGCAAAAAAACUGUAUGAUUCUAUAGACUUCACUAUUUUUUUUGCAGAUGUUUGAACGUUUGUACUAAUACACCAGCUUGUAUUAAAUUCUGCAGGAUAUUGUCUGCAAAUAUUCAAAUAAAACUCAAACCUGGCUAUAAAUAAUCUUGAUAGGUGUAAUUCUGAACCUGGUAACAAAAUUGAUCUAAGGUAUAUUAUAGCCAAAUCGAUGUUGGAUGCUCACAAACAGGUUAAAAAAGAUCUAUUGAAACUCUGUGCUGCUUUAAGAGGAGAUAUCUGCUUUCACAUUCCUACUGUCUGACACAGCUUAACUGAAGAUAUUUAUAUUGGCCCACUUACAUUUUACCUUAUACAUUGACAAGGGGGCUGUGUACUAACAUUUUUCAUUCCAGUAUAAGCCAGGCUGUCUUCAUUUUGCCAGAAACAUGAAUGGUUGGAAAUGAACAAUUUCCUGAACUGUGACCGGAACAUUGAACUUUGACACAGAGUGUACAUUUUACCACCGAAAACUACCACACUCACUGCAAUGAAUGACAACAAUACUACAGGCAACCCCCAUAUUAUGGAGGGGUUAUGUUGCUAGAAACAGUCUGUAAAUGCAAACCCUCUUUUCCCAUUGAAUACCAUGUUCUGGCAGUAAGAUUUGGCUAUUAUGUUAACGCAUCAAUUGGGUUGACAGUCACAGCUGAAGCUCUCCUUUGCCACACCGUCACAGAGUGCAGUGCUGGUGUGCUCUUCAUCUGCAGGGCAUUUUCUCUGACAGCUGUAACUGCCAAGCCAAUCGACACGGUGAUGUCAUAUCCAAAUCUUAUUGCCCCACAAAUUUGUCGUUCCUUUUGCAUUUUGUGUUUACUUAUUUCCCCCCCCCCCCCCCACAAAUUCCAUUAGAGCGACUUUUAUUCCGUAUCUGGGAUUUUUUGGUAGUGAUUUGUGAAUUCUGCUGGGGCAAAUUUCUGUAACUCCGGGGUCACCUGUAUUCCUAUAAAAACUGCAGAUAAAGAAAACUAAAUAGGUCAGCAGCUUCUAUUUACCUAGUGUUACCUAGAUGUAAAGAUGAACAUUAAAAAGUUAAUAGAGAACAGGUAGCAAUAUAAAAAUGUCAAACUUACCCAUGAAUUACUUUAUAGUCAUCUGCACAGAAGAGGGCAUCAGACCAGACAUUCCAGGAAAUUUAACAAUGAGCCAAGGGUUGGAGCUCACCAAGGUUAUCAUCAUCAAGAAAACAUUGGAAAAAAAAAUUAAUGGCACUAAAGAUGGAGAAAUUCCACGACCUGAAUACUAACCUAAGCAGAAACAAUGGGAAUUGGCAAAAAAUUGCAGGCACUUUAGAGAAGAGUGGUACAGCAUAGCAGAAACACAUUCAUUGCAGUCCAUCAGCUCUUUCUUUGAAGUGCAACUCACUCUCUCAAGCCUGCUCUUCCCAAAUAUUCCAAAAAUUUGAUCUCAUUGGAGAGCUUAGAUUUGUUAAGGGUAUAUUUCAAGCUGAAUAAGCUGAUUUUCUUUCUAAAUUCAAGGAAAUAAUGAAAAGUUGUAGAUAGCAAAUUGCUUAUGGAUAUGAUCGAUGUGCAUUUUCUAAAACCCCUUUUGAAAGUUCCACAGAAGAGCUUAGUUAAAAUUAAAGCAAUUUAUUGACCUGAAUCGAAGUCAGGUUAGCAAUAGGGAGCAUGGAUUUGAGAUUACCUUAAAAUGAGCCAGGUCAUUCAGAGGAGAAAUUAAGAAAAACCACACAAGGGCUGGUAGAGAUGCAGAAUUCUCUCUCAUGACAGGCAGCAGAUCCCAUCUUAAAUCAAUAUAUUUUUAAAGGAUAACAGUGAAAAUAGGAUGGAUGGAAUUAUGAUACUGAUGACAUAACUGGCUUGAAGGGCUAAAUAACUAUUCCAUUUCCUCAGAGAAAGGAAGCUUAUCAACAUUUUCAUUGUUUUACUGAAAAUAUGUUGCAAAAAUGGAACUUUGUCAAAUGGUGUAACCAAGAGAUCUGUACCUAUUAAGAGUUCCUAAAAACACACAUGGAAAAUAAUUUGUUUCAUCAUGGGUGGAAGGGCCUGUUCCUGUGCUGUACUGUUCUAAGUACUUUGUCCACUUAACCCUAAAGUAUAAGUAUGCUGAUUAAUCACCUAUUUGUUGAUCAUAGUAAAUAAUAUUUCUAAAUGCAUUAAAAGGUGUCAAAUAAUUUGAUCUUCCCUUGUAGACUACUAAAGGGUUUGACCAUUUUCAUUUAGUGUUUGAUUCAGAUCAGCAGUGUAUAAUUUUUAUUUACGAAUCACUAUUAUUAUAACCUGAGGAAGAUUAUGUAGUCAAGGUAGAUUGGCAGCAAAUGCACUCGAGGGUUACUACUCAAGUUAUUAAGAUGCUAUAAGCACCUUUGCAAGGCUGCUAUGAAUCUAUAAUUGGAUAUGAGUUAGAAGAUGUAUUUGUCAUAAUAGUUACUUAGUAGUUAAACAGUAUCAAUUAUGCUUAUUGACCUCCUGUCAUGUUUGGUUUCCAACCUAGAUCCACUGCAGUAUGAAACACUGCACUUUCAGAUAGUCGAUGACCAUUAAGGUUUUGCAACAAAUAAAGAUCACAUUGUUCUGCAUAGAAGGUCCAGUUGCAACUGAUACAGCAGACUCCAAUUUCUAUAAUCUCUUAAUUACACAUUCACAUAUGAAUGAUGUAAUAUUCACUCAUUUGAUUAUUUUCAGAAUCACAUAAUCCCUCCAUUUUUCUAUGAUUCAGCUGGUCCCUAGCACCCAAAGUAAUUGUUCCCAGCUGUGACAAUCAUCUCUGUCAUCUUUACUGCAACAAAAAAAGCAGUGAUUAAAAGAAUCAACGAAAGACCCUUUAUUGCUGCAAGCUAAGCUUUUGUUCCUCUGCCAUGUCAGAGACUAAACAGCAGAAAAUUAAUAUGGCUUUUAACAGUUGGGUAAACAAAAUUCAGUAUGCAAGGGAUUAUGCACAUUAUUCUAGAUAACCAUUCUUACAUCCAAUUUAAAAACAUAUUUCAGCACUCAUGCCCUGAAUACUAUUCAGAAAUAAGCAGUUAUAAGGAUAACUGCUGAUAUUUUCCAGUUU